UCCGGCCUGCCUCCCUCCUGCCGCGUUUCCGCUUCCGCUCCGCGCGCCGACGACGUUCCGUGACCGUCCGGGAAGAGCCGCUGGUGGCGCGGCCUCUUCCUCGCCGGGCCGACCGAUUCGGGCGGAGGGAAGGGCCGCCCGAGCGCCGGGUCAAGCCCGUUCCUCCUGAAGAUGGCGCUCUCCAAAAGGGAGCUGGAUGAACUGAAGCCAUGGGUGGAGAAGACAGUAAAGCGGGUCCUCGGCUUCUCAGAGCCCACGGUGGUCACAGCUGCUUUGAACUGUGUAGGGAAGGGAAUGGACAAGAAGAAAGCAGCAGAUCAUCUCAAGCCCUUUCUGGAUGACUCCACCUUGCGGUUUGUCGACAAGCUCUUUGAAGCAGUUGAAGAAGGGCGAAGUUCCCGACACUCCAAGUCCAACAGCGACCGGAACCGGAAGAGAGAGUUGAAGGAUGUGUUUGGGGAGGACUCCGAAAUAUCGAAAGAGUCUUCAGGAGUCAAGAAGCGCCGAAUCCCUCGCUUUGAAGAGGUGGAGGAGGAGCCCGAGGUGAUCCCCGGCCCACCAACGGAAAGCCCAGGGAUGUUGACGAAGCUGCAGAUCAAGCAAAUGAUGGAAGCAGCAACACGGCAGAUUGAAGAAAGGAAAAAACAGCUGAGUUUUAUCAGCCCACCUGCGCCUCAGCCUAAAGCCCCGACGACCACCCAGCCCGAGCGCCUCCCCAUCGGCAACACCAUCCAGCCCUCUCAAGCGGCCACCUUCAUGAACGACGCCAUUGAGAAGGCACGGAAAGCAGCCGAGUUGCAGGCCCGGAUCCAGGCUCAGCUGGCAUUGAAGCCGGGGCUGAUUGGCAACACAAACAUGGUGGGCUUGGCCAACCUGCACGCCAUGGGGAUCGCACCGCCAGACAAGGAAGGGCAAGUGCUUGGCAUCACCCCAGUUCCACGCGUUCCUUGGCCCAGGAAAGUUGAGCUGAAGGACCAGACCAAGCCAACGCCGCUGAUCCUGGACGAGCAAGGGCGCACCGUCGAUGCCACCGGCAAGGAGAUUGAGCUGACGCACCGCAUGCCCACCCUCAAGGCCAACAUCCGGGCUGUGAAGAGGGAGCAGUUUAAGCAGCAGCUCAAGGAGAAGCCCUCCGAGGACAUGGAGUCCAACACGUACUUCGACCCCCGGGUCUCCAUCGCCCCGGCUCAGCGGCCGAAGAGGACCUUCAAGUUUCACGACAAGGGCAAGUUUGAAAAAAUCGCCCAGAGGUUGCGGACGAAGGCCCAGUUAGAAAAACUGCAGGCUGAGAUCUCACAGGCUGCCAAGAAGACGGGCAUCCACACUUCGACCAAGCUGGCUCUUAUCACCCCUAAAAAGGAGCUCAAAGAAGGGGACAUUCCGGAGGUGGAGUGGUGGGACUCGUAUAUCAUCCCCAACGGCAUUGACGUAAAAGCUGAUGAUUUUCUUAAAAGAGAAGACUACUUUGGCAUCACAAACCUGGUGGAACACCCAGCUCAGUUGAACCCUCCAGUGGAUAGCGACACGCCAGUGACGCUGGGGGUCUACCUAACCAAAAAGGAGCAGAAGAAAUUGCGGCGCCAGACCCGCCGGGAAGCCCAGAAGGAGCUGCAGGAGAAAGUGCGGCUGGGCCUCAUGCCGCCUCCCGAGCCCAAAGUACGAAUCUCAAAUUUGAUGCGAGUUCUUGGAACGGAAGCCGUUCAGGACCCAACCAAAGUAGAGGCCCAUGUGCGAGCCCAGAUGGCGAAGAGGCAGAAAGCCCACGAAGAGGCCAAUGCUGCUCGCAAGCUCACAGUGGAACAGAGGAAAGCGAAAAAGGUGAAAAAGCUAAAGGAAGAUACUUCCCAGGGGGUUCAUAUCGCUGUUUACAGGGUGCGGAAUCUAAGCAACCCAGCAAAGAAGUUCAAAAUUGAAGCAAACGCAGGCCAGCUGUACCUCACGGGGGUUGUCGUUUUGCACAAAGAUGUCAACGUGGUGGUUGUAGAAGGAGGGCCUAAAGCGCAGAAGAAGUUCAAGCGGCUCAUGCUACAUCGGAUAAAGUGGGACGAGCAGACCUCAAGCACGAAAGGAGAUGAGGAUGAUGAAUCUGAUGAAGAGUCUGUGAAGAAGUCAAACAAAUGCUCUCUGGUUUGGGAGGGUACAGCGAAAGAGCGCAGCUUUGGAGACAUGAAAUUCAAGCAGUGCCCCACUGAAAACAUGGCACGGGAACACUUUAAAAAACACAGCGCGGAGCAUUACUGGGACCUGGCUCUGAGCGAGUCCGUGUUAGAAUCCACAGACUGAAGGCCUUUUCCAUCAGCCCCCCCUUCGAGCAUUUUUUUUGGGUGGGUGUGGGUGGGUGUGGGUGUUCGCUAUUAAAAGCAAGAACUGAGCUGAGACCUUGGACAUAGAGAGCCCCCUCUUCCCUUUUCUCCCGUCAAACCCUUUCACCCAAGUACAGUACAGUGCGUGCAAUUAAAAGAAAUAUUUUUCAGAAACAGAUCAAAACUUGGAUUUUUUUUUUUAAUGGACUGCAUCCGUUUGUGGAUCUUGGUGUGUAAGCUUCAGCUUUGCCCUCAUGCUGUCUGCGGAGAAUUCAUCUUCGAGCCUGUGGAAAUGGCAGCAAAAGGAAAUUGUUGGGCUCUUUGGUCUCUAAAGGUGCACAGUGCCCCCCACCCCCAUUUUUUUCUUUUUUGUUUGUUUGUUCCUGUUUUGCUUCCUCUUUGUUUCCAGUUCAAUAGUUUUAUUUGAAUACUAGGCAACAAAAACAAGGUGUCUCCGUGUGCAAAGGAAGAACAGGAAGAAGAAGAGAGACGAUGGAGCCAUGUAGGAGGGACUCAUUCUGAUGGAUGUGAGGGUGCAGAACACAACGUGCCACCUUGUACAGCUGGCAAUAGGAGCUGGGGAUUUAGCCCGCAUCCUAUAUUUACACAAUAAACUUUUUUUUUUGCUAAAAAGCUUAGAAACAAGAACAA